CCCUAUUAAUCUGUGUAUUAAUCUAUGGUCGAUCAUAUGUUUUCUGACAUUUAAAAACGUGGUAGAAAAAUAAAUGAACUUAUUUAAAUUAUCAAAGACUUUAUGACUCGUAUUUGGAAGUUUAUUAGCUUUAAUUGUUGAAUAAAAUACUCGUGUAAUGGUUUUUAAAAGGAAAAAAUACAAUUCUGGGGAUACUAACCUUAAAAAGAAGUAUAAAACAAAACGCCGUGUAAAGGAUUUAGAUCAGAUAGAUGAAGAUCUAAAACCAGAAAACUGCAAACAACUUUUACAUCAGGAAGUUGAUUUUGACAAGCCGGGAAACGCUCAGUUUUAUUGCAUUCACUGUGCCAGAUAUUUUAUUAACAGUCAGGCACUCAAGGAACAUUUUACGACGAAGUUACAUAAGAGAAGACUGAAAGCAUUACAAGAAGAACCUUACUCUAUUGAAGACGCUGAGAGAGCAGCAGGUCACGGCAGUUUCAAAGCUCCACUAAAGAGGAAGAUUGAAACACAAGAUACAGUUGAAUCUAAAAGAAGCAAGGUGGAAGAAAAUUAAUGUACUAUGACAUUAAGAAAUUUUUUAUUUUUUAAACCCCUACACCGUAAAUUUUCGUCAGCUCUGUAUAUUACAGGGGAUAAAGCACAAAAAUCUUUUUCUGCGUUAACUCCUGUUGUCGACUUUGAUACACAACUCAAAAAAAAAUCAGAACUACAAAGAAACAUAGCACUAAGAAAGCUACAAAUCGACAUAGACAAAGUAGAAGAAAGAUGGAAGUUUUUUAAAGAUAUUGAAUAUCAAAAGAACAUUUUAGAACAGACAAAAUCAAAAAUAGGUCAGUCUUUAUAUGAACUUACAAAGCAAAACAAAGAGAACAAGGUAGAUGAUGAGAUAGAAAAACUCCGGUUGCAUUUAAAAGUUAUUAAAGAAGAUCUGAAAAAUAUUAAAGAAGUCAGUUACAGUAUCGAGGAAGGUGCAAAUCUUCAAGUGUUAGAUUUACCAAAUGAUUUGCAUUCUAAAACGCCCACAGAUUCAGAACUGGAGUUAUUCAGAUAUUUGGAGAAAAUAGAUAUAGGCACAGAAAGUCAUAUUAAUAUAGGUGAACACAAAAAUUAUUUGAAAUUUAUCAAUCCUAUGAGUGUAUUUUUGAAAUCUGAUGCCUCUCUAUUCGAGUUUGGUGUUCAAAAUUAUUUUGUCAAUGAGUUACUACACUUUAAUUAUGUAGAAUUUUCUAAUUCUGAUUUUGUGAAGAGCAUAGUGGUUGAAGGUUGUGGCACAAACCCAUAUGAUAACUCUGAAGUUUUAACUCUCGAAACUAUUCACUGUGUAACAAGUGACGAUAUCAACAGGUUACAUUUAGUUGGGGCUAGUUCUCUCUAUUCAUUUAUGGCAUAUUUUACUAAACAUAUGGUACAAAAAUCACUUUUUCCCCUAAAAUUAUUUUGUGUUGGCAGAAAAUAUCAAACAGUGGAAGAAAACACUUCAAAAACUUUGUUUAAUUUGAAUCAGAGUUCGAACAUAGAAAUUUUUAUCGCUAAUACGGAAACAUUUAACUUGGAACAUAUAGUAAAUGAUGUUGUUACAUUAUACAAACAACUGGGCUAUCAUUUUAGAGUAGUUUUAAAGCCAGCUUACGAUUUGAAAAAAGCUGAAAGUCUACGUAUAUCUAUACAGAUGUUUUCAAACCAUUUAGGUAGUUAUGUUGAAGUAGGGUAUGUGUCUUUUUAUGAGGAUUACAUUAGCAAGAGGUUGUUGUUUAAUUAUACACAGAGCAAUGAAAGAAAAUAUCCCUUUAUUGCUGGAGGUUCUUUGAUAAAUAUACAUAAGUUCUUAGGCUGUGUUUUGGAAAAUAAUUCUAUAGAUGAUAGGAAAUUGUUAACUGAUUUACUUUCUAAUUACAUAUGUUAGUAUUAUA